AUGGAUAAUUUUGAUAUUGCACGACUAAAAAAGCAAUUUCUUGCUUGCGUUCCUUUGGCGAAUUUAGAAUUACCCAAAAAACUCAGCCCAGAAAUACAAUCUUCAAUUUUGGAGCAAAUAAUGAAUGACAGCUUGUUAAAAAAGUACCCGGUAAAAAAUACUUACUUGAAAAAUUUCUUACGAUUGUUAAUUAAGCGCCUGGAGAGUGAUAAUGAAGAAAUUGAUGAUUCUCUGUACGAGCUUUUUUGUCAGCAUUUGUCACUUGAAGACUCUCGGAUGAACUAUCGCCAUUUUUUGAUUGAUCCUGACAAAAGAGUAAUUAUCAAAGAAAGCAGGACGAUUGUUUCUGACGGAACUACUGGGCUCUGUAGUUGGCAGGCUGCAGAAGUCUUGGCAGAAUGGUGUAUGGAAAAUAAAAUAUUUUUAGCUGGAAAAUCAAUUGUAGAAUUAGGCUCCGGCGUAGGACUAACCGGAAUAACUGUAUUGAAGACCUGCAAACCGAAAAGUUACACAUUCACAGACUGUCAUCCGCGUGUCCUAGAUUUGCUGGAAGAAAACAUUGAGUUAAAUGAGCUGAAGAAAGCUGAUGAAACUAUAGUCCAAGUAGAAGAGCUCGCGUGGGAAUCAAUUAGCGAGCACAAAGAAGCUAAUUGGACGUCACCAGACAUUAUUCUCGCCGCUGAUGUCGUCUAUGACUCCAGUGUCUUCAGUUCUUUAAUUAACGCUAUUUAUGUAUUGUUGAAAAACUCGAUAAAUUCUGCAAUUAUCGGCGUUACUGUUAGAAAUCAAGACACUCUUGAAGGUUUUUUACGAGAGUUAGAGAAACAUAAAUUGAGCUACAAAGAACUGCCUCUGCCGGAAUACAAAAUUUUCGAGGCAGCAAAUGUUCCGGUUAAGAUCAUUAGAAUACAAAGGUAUUUUUAA